AUGGUGAAGGUCAGAGUGAACAGAUGCGGUUGGAUUGGGUGCCUGGUCACCAUGGCUGCUUUUAAAUCUGGCAAAGUGGAUAUUGUUGCCAUCAUUGACCCCUUCACUGACCUCAACUACAUGGUCUACAAGAUCCAGUAUGAUUCUGCCUAUGGCACGUUCAAUGGCACAGUCAAGGGAAAGAAUAGGAAACUUGUCAUCAAGGGAAAGUCCAUGUCCGUCUUCCAGUAGCUAAGAUCCCACCAAGAUCAAAUAGGGU